AUGUACGCGGUCGGGUGUAGCUCUUUAGUAACCACUCUUGGUUCGGUCGUUAACCCAGAAGAUAAUAAUAUUAUGAUGGUGCCGAUGACCGUACGCGGUCUCGCACACCGAAAACUUACGGUACGGUCACCAAAAUUUACACCAAUACCGUCAACAAUGAAACUUUUGUGCGUCAAAUGUGCCAAUAUAGACCAUCCACUGAAUUGGUUGAUGUUUGGGUUGAAUGGAUCUGAAAUUGUUUUCAACCUUACAGCUACAAUUGAUGGUCUAAAUUUUAACUCUAAACCCUAA